AUGGCGUCUACAUCUGUUGUAUCCAUCCCUACACCACCUGGUUCCAUCGACGAACCAACCCACCACCACCGGGAGCGCAUGCCCAGGGCCCCAGAACCCCCACUUGACGCACCGACUUCUCCUCUCCCCUCAGACAAUCUUGCACCUCUCCCAGAGCCAGUAAGAAUGAUGAAGUCCGGUUCAAGAUCACCCACAGGCCCAUAUUCUCCACGGUACACACAUCAUGGACAAUAUCCCCCAACACCCCCUCAUCAGACCACACCUCCAAGCACAAAUUCAUAUCCCUCAUAUUACCAGCACCACCAGCAGCUCCCCCACGUCUCAAAUUACCAGCCUCCUAGACCUAUCCAGAUCCCCCAAGAAUAUCCUCAGAGACGCCAAGAUGACAGAUAUGGUGGUCAAUACCCUCCAACAGCCCCAAACUCUGCCCAUCUCCAGCAGCCACAAACCCGUAGACCCUCAUUUGCGCACGGAUACCGCGGCGGCAGUGAGCUUGUCCGUCGGAUAAGUAGCCAGGGAUAUGCAAGCCAUGCACCUAGUGAGAUGGGACACCCCCGCCAAGACAUGUACCCAUUUGAGGAUGCCAUUGAUGAUGGUCCGAUCUACGGUGGCCGUCAUUCACCACCGCUAAGUGGUUUCAACUCAGCGGACCCACAUAGCAACCUCGAUGGUAUCAUUCAGAGGGCUCAAGGCGCUGUUUCCUCACUCACCCUUUCCAUUCCCAGCUUGCAACAACUGUGUGAUCGGUACAAUGCUGUCAAUGAUGAGCUCCAACGCUACUACCAAAUUGCCUCAGAUCAGGACAAAGAUAUCGAAGAGCUACAGGCAAAGGAAAGGCAGCUAGAGGCUCUCAAGGAGAACAUGGAGCAGAACCUUCAAAUGAACACCGCCGAGAUCAAUCGCCUGAAACUUAAAAUUACCGACUUGGAGUCCGAAGUCAAGAGGCUGAAUGCCUCCAUCGAGAGCAAGGACAAGGAGAGAAUCCUGUUCGAGCAGAAGUUCAACCAAGAGCGAGAAGCCCUCGAGCAGGAAUUCCAGAAGUGGAAGGAGGAGACCCUUGCCGCUCAUGACAACGAGAAGACUACAAUGGUUGAGGGCCACGAUGCCGAGAAGAGGACUAUGGAGGAGACCUUUGAGGCGGAGAAGAAGGCUCUCGAGGAGAACCAUGGAAGCCUGACAAAGGACCUUGAGGAUUCUCACGCAGACAAAGUCCAGGAGAUCCAAUCGCUCCAUGAGUUGAAGGUCAAGGAGCUUGAAGAGCUCCAUGCAGCCAUGGUAAAGGACUUGGAAGAGAACCACGCAGCCAAGGUCAAGGCCGUCGAGGAGGCGUUUGCCAUGGAAAAGGAGGAAAUGCAAGAAGACUUUGCGACUGAAAAGCUCGGAAUGGAGGAUGCCUUUUCCACUGAGAAGAUCGGUAUGGAGGAUGCGUUCUCCGCUGAGAAAAUGAAUAUGGAGGAGGCGUUUGCCAAUGAGAAGGCAAUUAUGGAGGAGGUAUUUGCGACCGAGAAGGCUAGCAUGGAGGAUACCUUUGCUACCGAGAAAGCUACCAUGGAGGACUCAUUCGCUGCCGAGAAGUCGGGAAUGCAAGACGAGUGGGCCACCGAGAAGUCAGGCAUGCAUGAAUCAUUCGCCUCAGAAAAAGCCGACAUGGAAGACGCCUUUUCGGCAGAGAAGCAGCGGAUCGAGGCUGAAUUCGAGGCCGAGAAGAACAAGAUCACCCAGGACUUCGCAUCACAGAAGCAAUCUAUCGAGGAGGACUUCGCAUCGCAAAAGAAGGCCGCCGAGGAGGAAUUCGCUGCCCAAAAAGCCCAACUCCACGAGGACUUCGAAGGCGAAAAGACUGCCAUGAUUAGCACUUUCGAGGCCGCAAAGAUGGAAUGGGGUGAGGAGAAGGAGAAGAUCAUCUCUGACUUCAAGGACGAGAAGACCAGAUUGGACGAGAUCAUCAAGAACCUCGAAGACGACAAGCAGAUGCUUGAGGGUUGUAAGAUCGAGCUUGAGGCCGAUAAGGCUGGCCUUGAAGGAGAGAAAGCUAUCCUGCUCGACGAAAAGUCAACUCUUCUCGAUGAAAAGUCAACUCUUCUCGGUGAGAAGGCCGCGCUCCAGGAUGAGAAGACCGGACUCGAAGGAGCUGUUGCCAGUCUCGAGGAUAAGACUGCAACUCUUGAGGGCGACAAAGAAGUUCUCAUCUCCGAGAAGGAAAGGGCAAGGCUCGAAUGGGAAAGUGAGAAGGCCAAGCUUAAGGAAAUGAUCGAGCAGCUCGAGAGUGUCAAGAACAAUCUUUUGAACGACAACACAAAACUUGUCGAGACACUCAAGGGAGUCGCUGAAGAGGAAGAGGGCGCAGAAAUCAGAUCUCGCGGAGAUUGUUUCUACAUUGAUGCCUUCCAGAAGCUCGCCAGAGAUAUUAUUGACAUCUCCGGGGAGUUCUCCAACUUGCCCAUCUCACCUCCCAGCAAGGUGCUCGCCGAGCUUCCUUCCGGGCUUCCCUCAAUGCUCGGAAACAGCGAUGCCUCCCGUCUGAUCCGCAUGGCAUAUGUUCAACACAUCAUCUCCAAGUACCUUUGCCACCGUAUUUUCCAGCCAUUCCUUUUCUCCCUUGGAAAGCGCUACGACAAAGCCGACACCUUCUUCCAAUCCAUGUCCAACCAGCUUCGCGAGAAGUCCACGCGCAAGGAGGCCGUCUGGCGUCACUACACUCUCCUCGCAGGUUACACCGCCUCCAACGCCAAGAAGAAUGCCGGUGUCGCUGCAACAAGCGUAAUCGAGGAGAUUUCAGGCUAUGUCAGACCCUUCGCGGACCAGAAGAACAUGGACGUCAUUAUUUCGGGAAUCACUCGCAUUGUCAAGUUCGCCGUUGAGACUUGGAGAUACGCCCGCAUGGAGCGCGAGAUCAUCACUGCAUCGAUGAGCACCGAUGACACAGACUGCAGCUCAUGGGAGACCCACAAUUACGCAAGACAGAGCCCAUACUUUGAGAAUGUCAUGCUCGCAUCCCAGCUCAAGUCUGCCGCGCAGGGACGUGUUAUGAUCCUUCCGCUCCUGCCCGUGUUUUCUCGUGAGGGUACACUGCCCACUCUUCACCGCCCGCUUGCAGUACUCGAUAGUGGGCUCGUCUUCUCAAAGGGGACUGCUCUCUACACCGACUGUCUUCCCGUGCUUCACCGAAGGUGGGAGCUUAACCUGAUGCAAUUGCCAAUCCCCAUGAUGCUCAAAGACCACUUGGCCCAGUUGGAAGAGAGCCGCGUUGUUGAGGAGGUAGUGGAAGAGGAGGUCAAGGCUGCCGAGACUGUAGAGGCUGAGGAGAUCCACACUGCUAAGGAGGAGGUCCCGGAGCCCGUCCAGAUGGAGGAGGUGGUCGAGAAGGCGAUUGAAGAAGAGUUGAAGGAGGCGGGGGUGACUGUUGAGGUUGCCGAGUCUACUGAUCUCGAGGCAUUGGCCGAAGUCGAAGCCGCUCCAAUUGAGGUUGUUGAGGCUGAAGUUGAGUGCCCUGUCGUUGAUAUCGUUGCCGAGGAGGUUGUCUCUGAGGUUAUCGCCGAAGAGGUCGUCCCCGAGGUUGUUGAGGUUGUUGAGGUUGCCCAGGAGGAGGUCGUUGUUGAGGCUGUUGAGGCCGUCGAAGCUGUUGAUGCUGUUGAUGCUGUUGAUGUUGUUGAUGCUGUUGAGGCUGUUGAGGCUGUUGAGGCUGUUGGGGCUGUUGGGGCAAUUGAGGCAGUUGAGGUGGUCGAGGUGGUCGAGGAGGUCGAGGCAGUCGAGGCAGUCGAGGCAGUUGAGGUCGUUGAGGAAGUUGAGGAAGUUGAGGAAGUUGAGGAAGUUGAGGAAGUUGAGGAAGUUGAGGAGUAUAAAGUCUGUGAAGACGAGGUUGCUGUGCAUGAAGUUGAAGCCACUGAGGCCGAGGCCAUGAUUGAGGAAAUGUUGAACUCCGAGCAUGUCUUGACUGAGGAGGCCAUUGUUGAGGAGAUCCCGACAGAAGAGGUUGCAGAGAUCAUUGCACCAGUCGAUGCCGCCAUUGAGAUCGAAGAGGAGACCAAGCUUGACGUCGUCGUUGCCGAAGAGGAAGAAAUCCCAAUGACCCACGAGUCAGAAGAGACAAUGGUUGAGUCUGUCAUCGGGGGUGUUGACAUUGAGAAGGAGGCGGAGCACAUUGUUGAGGAGCACAUCUUCGAGGAGCACAUUGUCGAGGAGCACAUGGCCGCCCCAGCAGAAGAGCACAUCAUUGAAGAAGCCGCCGAAGAGACCAUCCACGAGCAUGUCGAAACCCACUUCGAGGAGCCUCUCCCGGAGCACAAGAUUGUCGACGAGGUCGUUGAGGAGAUCGCCUCCGAGAUUGACGCUGUCGCCGAAGUCGUCGAACCCGAACACUCUGACAUCGUCGUCGAAGAGGAGGCUUUCGUCGAGAUCAAGAAGUCGUCUAAGAAGAGCAAGCUCCCCAAGAAGUCCGGUUCCAGGAAGGCGAAGAAAUAG